UUAUUUGUUGUUUUGAUUUUAAUAAUUUCAUUAUUUUUGACUUUUGGUUCUUUAAAUGUUUUUUUGUUUUAUAUUUUUUUUGAGGUUAGGCUAAUUCCUACAUUAAUUUUAAUUGUGGGAUGGGGCUAUCAGCCUGAACGUUUACAGGCUGGGAUUUAUUUGUUGUUCUAUACUCUUUUGGCGUCCUUGCCUAUAAUGGUUUCUUUGUUUUUUUGUUAUGAUUGUUUUGGUUCUUUACAUUAUUAUUUUUUUAAUGAUAAUGUUGAUAGAUUGAUUAUUUACUUGCUUAUUAAUUUUGUUUUUUUUAUUAAAAUUCCCAUGUUUUUUGUUCAUUUGUGACUACCAAAAGCUCAUGUUGAAGCCCCAGUUUCGGGUUCAAUGAUUUUAGCUGGAAUUAUACUUAAAUUAGGAGGCUAUGGUAUAAUACGACUUAUAGUUAUUUUUUCUUUAAUUGGGAUAAAGAUUAAUUUAUUUUUUAUUAGUUUGAGAUUGGUCGGGGGUUUUUAUGUGUCUUUGAUUUGUUUACGUCAAAGAGAUAUGAAAUCUUUGAUUGCUUACUCUUCUGUUUCUCAUAUGGGAUUAGUGUUGGCUGGAAUUAUAACUUUGAAUUAUUGAGGGUUAAGAGGGGCAUUAGCUAUAAUGGUAGCUCAUGGUCUUUGUUCUUCUGGUCUUUUUUGUUUGGCUAAUAUUUGUUAUGAACGUUUGAUGAGACGGAGUUUAUAUAUUAAUAAGGGGUUAAUUAAUGUUAUACCUAGUUUGUCUUUACUUUGAUUUUUGCUUAUUUCUUCAAAUAUGGCUGCUCCUCCUUCAUUAAACUUGAUGGGUGAGAUUAUGCUUAUUAAUAGAAUUGUUGGUUUUAGAAUAUUUAAUAUGUUUUUUUUAAUAUUAAUUUCUUUUUUUGGGGCUGUCUAUUCUUUAUUUUUAUAUUCUUAUAGUCAACAUGGAAUGGUCUAUUCAGGUUUGUAUUCGUUUUUUACUUGUAGGUUUCGAGAAUUUUUAUUGUUAUCGUUGCAUUGAGUCCCAUUAAAUUUACUUGUUUUAGUUGGGGAUUUUAUGGUUUUAUGAGUUUA